AUGAAUAUUGAUCCUGGUAACAGUAGUGGUAAUCAUGGUCGUGGUGGUUUUCGUCUAGGUGCUGGUCGCAAGCGAAAAGAAGAAAAAUCAUCAAUUCAAAUCAUAUUAAAUGAAAGAAGAGAACAAGCUACACGUAGACAAGAAAUGUCGAGAUACAGAGCUAAAUUAACACAAUGGAUAAAUGAAAUAAAAUGGUCACAUCAAGGUAUUACAUCAACUUAUCGUGACAAUGCAACUGCUCUACUGGUUAUUUUUAAUCUUAUGUUAGAAGAUGUUAAUCUAACACAAGCAGAAGCAACUGCUAAAGCUAGUAUAUAUUUGGGUCGUGGUGUUUCUGCAUUGAAUAUACUUAUGGCUUAUUGGAAUAGAUACGAAGAAAUAUAUGUUGAAUCAGGUACGAGAGGUGGAUCAGCAGGACAACAAUCAACAAAUUUAUUUACAUCUUUACCUUAUUUUAUCAUACAUACUAUUAUGGAUCGUUAUGCUGAAGGUACAACUACAACUGUUAAAGAUAUUCAACAAAUAAUUGCUGAUACUUAUAAUCAACAAAUAGGUUAUUGGCCGAUAUAUUAUCUCAUGCAUGAUAAAAUGAAAUUAUCAUAUGGUUUAUUAAAAGAUUGUACAAAACUAACACAAGAUCCUGAUCGUCUGAAACGUAUUCGUCAAUUUCUUAUUAAAUAUUCCGUUGCUUUAAAUUUGGAAAAGAAUAAAGAAGCAGUUAUUUGUUAUAUGGAUGAAUCAUAUGUUAAUACCGGUCAUCAUGGUCAUUAUGGUUGGUGUGCAAAUACUGAAGAUAGAAAGAUUCAUACUGGUACUGGUAUUGGGAAAAGACUUAUAUUAGUUCAUGCUGUUACAAGUGAUGGUCUUCUUCAAAGCACUGAUGCAUCAAGUGAUGAAAUCGUCUCUGCUGAAUUAAUAUAUGAAGCUAAAAAUCCAUCGGGUGAUUACCAUUGUAAUAUGGAUGGACAUAAUUUUCGUUUAUGGGUCAAUAAAUUUUUAUUUCCAGCAUUUGAAGCAAAAUAUGGUCUAAACAAGCGAAUGAUACUUGUACUCGAUAAUGCCCCUUAUCAUAAAGAACAAGGUAAUGAUUACGCCAAUAUAAAAUUAAUGUCAAAAACUGAUAUGAUUAAUCUUUUUUUAUCGAAAAAAGUACGUAAAGUAACAGUGAUUAGAGAUGGUCAUACAAAAGAAUUUAAAGCUAAUGAAUGGAAAUUAAAUGGUCCUCUAGGUCCUUAUAAGGAAGAAUUGAAGAUAUACAUUCAAAGCUGGAUCAAACAAUAUCCUGAACUACAAAAGGUUUUAAUAGAGAAAUUAUUCGAAGAAAAAUCUUUAGCUGCAAAAGUUAAUAUGCCCAAUUUUCAUUAUCUUAUAUUUACUCCACCAUAUUGCCCACAAGUUCAACCUAUCGAAUUAGUAUGGGCCUAUGUUAAAGGUUAUGUGGCUAAACAAUUUACACCUUCGAGAACUCUUCAACAAUUAACUGAACAAACAAAAAAUGGGUUCAAUGGUGAUGGAAAUGAACAUGAAGGAGUAUCUACCGAAAUGGUUAGAAAAAUGAUUUUACAUGCUCACAAGUACUGUAAUAUGCUUAUUGAUGAUGAUCCUUUGUUGGAAGGAUCUAUAGACAGAAUUAAGAAUGGAAAUAAAUGUGAAGAAGUAGAUGAAAAAGAAGAAGAUGAAGAUGAAGAUGAUGACAUCAAUAUGGAUUCAUUAGAUAAUGUUGAUUAA